AUGUGACACCGCUUUGCAAUUUCUUCGGGCGCGGAGCCGUGGUAGGAAAAGUCGUGAAUAUUUUCCACAAAUGCUGGCGUAAAAAAAGGUGUCCGUGUCGGAAAUUGUGCACAGAAACGGGAACCCUUGGUACAUGCCAGUUAUCAGCCUUACUGUGUGCCAAACCAGCGCCCGAUAAUUGGCAGAAACCGAGUUCUCGUAACUUUUUUUUUCGGUGGUCGGGUCGGCCUAGUGGAUAUAAUACUGCAGUACAGUUUAUUGUGGUGGUGCGGUGCGUGAGCACAGCCAAGGUUCCGUCGAGGCAACUGCAAGCUCCCGCCCUAUCUGCAGCGAGACGCACUAUCUUCGGGUAACGAAAAGCACUGUGUCGUCGUGAAAAUUUAACCAUUGAGGGAACCGCCAGAGGUCUCACAGUCAAUCACGGGUCAGCAUAUUCGAUCGUGGGCUGGUCGGUGGAACGCACGCACAAAAUGGUCAGCACGCCGUACAUAAUCAAUGAAAUUUAUGACAUUCUUCAGAAGUCCUCUCCGUUCGAGUUGACAUUGGAGGCCUUGUUAGCGCUGGGUUUGAUAUGGAUAGUGUUCUACAAACGUACCACCACCAAGAAGCUGCCCGUGUCCGAGGAAGACAUUCUUGCACGAUGGACACCGGAACCGCUGGUGGCAGAAGUGCCGCCGGACCAUCCGGCACUGAAAACGAAAGUCGUGCACGGGCCUGUUGGCCGCAUGGUGAAUGUAAACGGCAAGGAAUGCAUUAACAUGGCUACCCACAAUUAUCUCGGGCUUGCGGAGGACGAAGACAUUAAGCAGGCAGCGAUAAAGAGCUUACGAAAGUAUGGUGUCGGCUCGUGCGGUCCGCGCGGAUUUUACGGCACGGUGGAUGUGCAUCUGGAGCUGGAAGAACGGUUGGCCAAGUUUAUGCAGGUGGAGGAAGCCGUCGUGUAUUCGUACGCCUUUUCCACGAUAGCCAGCGCCAUUCCGGCCUACUCCAAGCGAGGAGAUUUGAUCUUUGUUGAUGAAUGUGUAAAUUUUGCCAUCCAAAAAGGGUUGGACGCAUCGCGCAGCAAGAUUUUCUACUACAAGCACAACGAUAUGGACGAUUUGGAGCGGUUGCUGCAGAAGCAACAGGCGGACGAUAAGCGCAACCCGGCAAAGGCUAAGAAGACGCGCCGGUUUCUGGUGGCCGAAUCGAUUUACAUGAACACGGGUGAGGUUUGCCCGCUGCCCCGGCUGGUGGAGCUACGGGCACGUUACAAGCUGCGCCUGUUCCUGGACGAAAGCCUGUCGUUCGGUGUGCUGGGUGACUGUGGCCGGGGGCUGAUCGAGCACUGCAAUGUGGAUAAAACGGAGGUCGAUUUGGUGUCGGCCGGUCUGGAAUGGUCCGCCGCAACGAUCGGUGGAUUCUGUGCCGGUUCCUCGUUCAUUGUCGAGCACCAGCGGCUGUCGGGGUUGGGCUACUGCUUCUCUGCCUCACUACCGCCGCUGCUCACCCAGGCCGCCAUCAGUGCGCUGGACCGGUUCGAAAGCAGUCCGCGAAUAUUCGUCGAGCUUCGGGAACGCUGUCGAACGGUUUCGGACAAACUUUCUCACCUGAAACAUUUCCAAGCGAGAGGCGAUCCUUUGUCGCCCGUCAAGCAUCUGUAUCUGAAGCACAAGCAUGAAUGUUGGGCACACGAAAAGAUGCUGCUGGACGAGAUUUCUACCGAGUGCAUAGACAAUGGUCUGGCCGUUGUUGCAGCCGAAUAUCUGGAGCACAUGGAGAAACACUGCCCAAGGCCGAGCAUUCGAUUGACGGUCAAUCGGCUGCUGUCGGAGAAGGACAUUGACGAUGCGUUCCGAAUUUUGGAACAUGUGUCGGAAAAAGUUCUCGCCAGUGCGGGUUAAUAAGCGUCUGCUUUGUAAGAUACUCUCUCUCUCUCUCUCUCUCUUUCAACCACACACACACACAAAUACAGUCAUGCCAGCGGUGACUUAAGCACACAACCAGCAAACAACUUAUGCCUGUUUCAACGCCUGGCCACAGUCCCCGUGUCAAUACCACACACCGUUUUAUGAAGUAGAAGCUUACAAGCAACAGAUUCCGAAUAAAUUUUUCAUAAACCGUCGCGACAUCGGGUGAGAGGUUAGAAAGCACAGCUCUCGGACACCACCACCACCUCCUAGAAGCACAACACUUACUCGUUCUUUCCCGGUGGAUGAUAUAGUUUAAUUAAAAUUUCCCACUAAUUUAAACUAGAAGAAGGAAGCUACAACUACAGUUUAUCAAUCUUUCGCUAAAGAAAAACGGAGGUUAGAAAUAGAAUUUGCCACUGCUGCUUGACGUGCCGCGUUUCGCAUGCCGUCGUGUUUGGUGGCUCGCUGCAUUAGUCAAAUUACGUUCCAAUGAGAGUGCACAGUAAACAACAGCGAGUGAGUGGUUCGAAAGGGUUGAUCCUUGUUUUGUUUUUACUUCCACGACUCUGGGUAUUGAUGUAUAGUUUUCCAGUUUUCCUUCCACCAACUGGCUGGCAGGAUCAGUCUGUCCUGACCAUUUCCUACCAGCAUUUCUUUACGUUAAGCACCUAUCGGUUGGUUGGUUGAUUGGGUUUCAAAAAUCGAUGUAACUAUGUAGGUUAUGUUUAUAAUUCUGACGACUUUGUAUGUAAAUGUACAAAAGAAACAAGCAUUAAGAAACAAAUGAAAAACACAGCACACCAGUAUCAUUUGAUAGCAUUGAUGAUUGUAGCAGAUUUGGUUUUAGAGAUAAGAGCGAGUUCGUAUCGAGUGUGUGUGUGUGUGUGUGUUCGUAUCGUGUAUAGGGGCGGACCCUAGUAGAGAGUAAGGUCACUUAAGCAAACACGGAAGAAGUAUUAGCGAACAAAAAAAAAAAAAAAAGUUCGGUUCCAAUCGGUUCGUAAACCAAUGCUAGGGCCUUAUAAGCUUCAGAAGCAAAUGCUUGAAGUUAUUUAAUAACGAGAACCGAGUGUCACCACCAGAAGAGAGAUGGACUAUUUAUGCGUGUUUCUAUUGCUUCGGUUUUCUCCUAUUAAUGUCCAAACUCCAUUGGUAAGCAUUUAGUUGUGUGCUGUACGCGCUGCUGCCUGAUUUGUUGAUUCUCUCGAAGGCUGUCUAGGGCGGUCGAUUUGGAGUCGAGAGGAGUGGAUAUAGCUUUUUUGUUUUUGUUUCGCAACAGAUGAUCAAUAGCAGAGAGCAAAAAAACAAAACUACGCUUUACGAAUCAAACAAACAAAACAAAAACACAACAUACUUAAACAGCGCUUUAACAGAUAAGCUGCUUUCGAUCAAUGAUAGACCCUCUUGUUAUGAGAUUUUCGUAGAUACCGAAAUAAAAUGGGAAAACACCUUGAAACACCAA